GCAUUGCGGACCUGCAUAAGAUACGUACGCCUUCCAUGGGACGUCGGCACUUUUGACAGAUCAUCGACAUCUCGGAAUCCUCCUCCCUUACGCUCAAUACGCCCCGCCAAGACGAGAAAUGCAGCAGACAAGCACCUCAUCCUAAGCGAUCACUCCUACAGCCAAGGAAUCUCUCCGCAAUUUGAAGGGACCAUCCCAGUUAAGAUGGCCCAGUGAACUCAGCGACGAAAUCAUGCCCGAAUUCAUACACGACGAUGGCGGAUCGAAAGGACCAGGAGGCAAAAUCGAAUCGCGUCACCGUUCCUCAUCUUUCAACCCCGCCGCAACCAAAACUGUCAAAUUUCCCAUGAUGACCAGCACAAUGGAGGAGCAGGAGAGUGCGAUCAUCGACUACGAUCAGGAGUCUGGCCUAGACGACUCCCGAAGCGCCAGUCCCGCCCCACUACUCAAUGGCGGUCCGUCUGGCAUGCACUCGAGCCGACUGUUGCAGAGACCAGGGAUGCAACGGCAGGACUCGACGCUGCGCAGUUGGGUGUCGUGGGCCGGCGGAGCGCGAAGGCCGAAGCAGAAGAGUUUGGGCGAGGCGAUCAAGACGGUGCGGACAAGGAAAGCAAGCGUCAGUGAGAGCGCACAUGAGAUUGCAGAUUCGUUGAAGGCGCCAGUGUCGCUACGGCUCGUCACCCUCUGUAGCAUUUGGUACGCCACCUCAAUCCUCACCAACACCUCCUCCAAGGCGAUUUUGACGGCCUUCCCGAAACCCAUCACGCUCACCGUGAUACAAUUCCUGCUGGUAUCCUUCUGGUGUGUCUUCCUCUCGUUCGUGGCGCGACACAACAAAACGCUCCGCGAGGCCAUGCCCGUCCUCAAAAACGGCAUCCGACGGCCAAGCAAGGAUCUCCUCCUCGCCACCCUCCCCCUGACCGCCUUCCAAGUCGGCGGUCACAUCCUCAACUCCGACGCCAUGACCAUGAUCCCGGUCUCCCUGGUCCACACGAUCAAGGGACUCUCCCCGCUCAUGACCGUCGUCGCCUACCGCGUCUUCUUCAACAUCAAGCACUCGACCCCGACCUACCUCUCCCUGAUCCCCCUCACGGUGGGCGUGAUCCUCGCCUGCUCCGCCAGCUUCGCGGGCAACCUGCUCGGGCUGACCUACGCCUUCGGCAGCGCGGUGCUCUUCGUGACGCAGAACAUCGUGUCGAAGAAGAUCUUCAACGAAGCCGCCCAGGCCGAGGCCGAGGGCGCGCCCAUCGCCCGCCGCAAGCCCGACAAGCUCAACCUCCUCUGCUACUCCUCCGCCUGCGCCUUCUGCAUCACCUUCCCCAUCUGGCUGUGGUCCGAAGGCUUCGGCAUCGCGGCGGAUUUCGCGCACGACUUCUCCAUCGACCUCCGCGAGCGGCCCGGCUCGCUGGACCACGGCGCGCUGGCGGCGGAGUACAUCUUCAACGGGACCUUCCACUUCGGACAGAGCCUCGUGGCGUUCGUGCUGCUGGGCCUCGUCAGCCCCGUGACGUAUUCCGUCGCGGCCUUGCUCAAGCGCGUCGUCGUCAUCAUGUUCGCGAUCGUGUGGUUCGGGAACCCGAUGACGCGCGUGCAGGGCGCCGGGUUCGCGUUGACUUUCCUGGGCUUGUAUCUGUACGAUCGGACCAGCGAUGCGGCCAAGGCGGAGCGCAGAGCGAAGGCCGCCCUGGCGAACAAGGCGUCGCAUCUCCUGCCGGUGAACUCUCAGGAUGCUGAGAAGAGGUCUGCGGGGGCUGGUUCCAUGAAUGGGGGGGGCAAAGGCGCUGCCGACCAUCCGUGGAAUCAUCAUGGCGGUCACGGACACGUUGUACGAUAGUAACCAUGCCUUCGGCAUAGAUGGAAGACCAUAUUGCUUAAUGAACGGAAUGUUGCUUUGAGGGUUUUCACGUGGAGUCCGAUGAAUUAGAGCUGUAGUGUUCACCAUUUGAGAACAGCUUAUAGUAGAUCAUUGAAUUUUGAGUGAGAAAAGGUGUUUUUGAGUGCUCGAUAACAACUUGUACAAUUUCUAACAAAUUUAGUGAGCAACCAAUACAAAAUCCAUCAUAUCUACAUUUCACUGUCAUCUCAUCCUCCAUUCUUCCAUCUCCAAAGACCGCGGUCUUCUCUCGUCUUUUCUCCUUCUCUCUCUCUCCGGUCACGAAAAGCUUUACAAUUUUGUUCGCGGGGGAAAUAUGGGAUACGU